AGAUGCAAACGUCAUUUCCGUUUCCAGGUCUUUUAGCAGAAACGUUGCGUGAACGGCGCGGCUAAACAGAAAGUUUUUCCAAAAACUUGGACUGGAGGAUGUCCCUGCCUAAGCGGGAGGUGGAGGAGCUCAGACCCUGGGUGGAGCGCACCGUGAAGAAGGUGCUUGGAUUCUCCGAGCCCACUGUGGUCACUGCAGCUUUACACUGUGUGGGAAAGGGGCUGGAUAAAAGAAAGACCACAGACCAGCUGCGCCCUUUCCUUGAUGACUCUGCUGGAGGUUUUGUGGAACGGCUUUUCGAAGCUCUCGAGGAGAGCCGCAGCUCCCGUGGAAACAAAGGAGGAGGUGAAAAGAACCGCAAGAGGGAGCUUAAGGAUGUCUUUGGCGAGGAGACAGAUGCUGCCGCCGCCGCCGUGAGAGAAGCUCCUGAAACAGGAGACGGGACGACAGUGAAGCGGAAACGAGUCCACCGCUUUGAGGAGGUGGAGGGCCCCGAGGUCAUACCCGGGCCUCCAUCUGAAAGCCCCGGCAUGCUCACAAAGAUGCAGAUCAAACAGAUGAUGGAAGCUGCCACUAAACAGAUUGAAGAAAGAAAAAAACAACUGAACUUUCCACCUUCAGCAGAUCCUUCACCUGUUUCAAGACUUCUUGGUUCUGCUGGUGGCGCCUCGUCUAUCGCCCCCUCCCAGGCUGCGAGCUUCAUGAACGAUGCUAUUGAGAAGGCCCGCAAGGCUGCUGAGGUUCAGGCCCGUAUUCAGUCCCAGCUGGCUAUGAAGCCCGGUAUCCUGGGGACUUUGGGGAACACGGUACCUCACAACUUAGUGGCUCUCGCUAAUCUACACGCAAUGGGAAUCGCUCCACCGAAAGUAGAAAUUAAAGAGGUGAACAAACCAACACCUCUUAUCCUGGACGACAAGGGCAGAACUGUAGAUGCUUCGGGCAAAGAGAUCGAACUCACGCACCGCAUGCCCACGCUCAAAGCCAACAUACGAGCUGUGAAGAGGGAGCAGUUCCGUCAGCAGCUGAAGGAGAAGCCUGGGGAGGACCUGGAGUCCACGUCCUACUUUGACCAGCGUGUACUUGCAACAGCAGCCCAGCGGACUCGUCGCACCUUCAGGUUCCACGAGCCGGGUCGCUUUGAAAAGAUCGCUCAAAGAGUCAGAACUAAGGCCCAGCUGGAAAGGCUGCAGAAUGAGAUUGCCCAGGCUGCAAAGAAGACAGGAAUCCAAGCUUCCACCAAACUGGCUCUGAUCGCUCCUAAGAAAGAGAUCGGCGAUGGAGAGGUGCCCAACAUCGAGUGGUGGGACUCUUUCAUCCUUCCCUCCAUACCCGUAAAUUCAGCCACGAAAUUUGAAGAUCUGGAUUUGUUUGGUGUGACAAACUUAGUCGAACAUCCUGCUCAGAUAAGUCCUCCAGUGGACAGAGAUAAGCCGGUAACUUUGGGUGUGUACUUGACAAAGAAAGAACAGAAGAAACUGAGAAGACAAACGCGGAGAGAGGCACAAAAAGAAGUGCAAGAAAAAGUUCGUUUGGGGCUGAUGCCGCCACCAGAACCCAAAGUCCGCAUCUCCAACCUGAUGAGAGUCUUGGGGACGGAGGCUGUUCAGGAUCCCACCAAAAUUGAGAACCAUGUGAGAAUGCAGAUGGCCAAGAGACAGAAAGCUCACGAGGAGGCCAACGCAGCUCGUAAGCUCACAGCAGAGCAGAGAAAAGAGAAGAAGGUCAAGAAGUUAAAAGAAGACGUCAGCGAUGGAGUUCACAUUUCAGUCUACAGAAUCCGUUACCUGCAAAAUCCUGCAAAGAAGUUUAAAGUGGAGGCCAACGCAAACCAGCUGUACUUGACGGGGACGGUGGUUCUGCACAGAGACGUCAACCUGGUUGUGGUGGAGGGAGGUCCCAAGUCCCAGAAAAAGUUUAAGAGACUCAUGAUGCACAGAAUCAAAUGGGAGGAGCACAACUCUAAACGUGAUGAUCCAGAUGGUGAUGACGACACCAGGAGAAACAACAAAUGUUGGCUGAUUUGGGAGGGAACAGCGAAGGAGCAUAGUUUUGGGGAGAUGAAGUUCAAGCAGUGCCCCACAGAGAGCUUGGCUCGAGAACACUUUAGGAAGCAUGGCACAGAGCACUACUGGGACCUAGCCCUGAGCCACAGUGUGUUAGAUGGCACAGAUGACUGAAACCUUACAGAGGAGCAUUUUGUUUCAGUCAGGGACGUCUGCCGUCAGCCAGCCUGCAGAUCCACGUCCUUGCUGCAGUUUGCUCCUCUCUGUGGUAAUCUUUUUGGAUGGACUUUGAUGUUUUUGUCGGAACAGAACCGAUCAGGGCACCUGCUGAGGAGCGUGUGUCGAAAUGCGUCAGUGUUCCUUUCUUUGGUGAUAUAGGCUUUCUGUCAUAUAUUUUUUGGAGACAGAUUGCACUGUGUAAUGUAAAUACCUCUCCCAAGGCUGUACGUGACGAAGAGAAAGUCAGAUUGUCGUGGCUUAAACUGAGUAAAAGUGCACCACAUCUGCAACAACGUGCACAACUUUUGUGCCAGCACAUUGAGAGAAAAGAAACUAAUAAAAGCUUUACAGAAGUUCCUUAAAGGAUUUGUUUUGGAGAAAUUGGUAAUGUUUUGAAUGCUGUAGCAACAUUUCUCUGUAACAUUACAGUCACUGCCUUAAAUAAAUAAAACGUACCCCCAUUUCA